AUGUAUCAUGUGAUGGACAUUCGAAUAAUCACAGAACUAUGUGGUGCCAAGCGGGUUGGUUAUUUUGGUCCAACACAGUUUUACGUUGCCUUGAAAUUAAUUGCUGCAGCACAGUCUGGCCUCCCUGUGCGCAUAGAGAGCAUUCAGUGUGAAUUGCCGCUGCCUCGCUUUAUGAUGUCAAAGACUGAUGGUGAGAUACGAUUUGGGAACCCAGCCGAGCUGCAUGGAACUAAGGUUCAGAUUCCAUAUUUAAUCUCGGAAAAAAAUACCUUCAAAAGAAUGGAUGAUGAGGAUAAACAGGAAACACAGUCUCCCACGAUGUCACCCCUCGCCUCCCCUCCUUCUUCCCCGCCUCAUUACCAGAGGGUGCCCUUGAGCCAUGGCUACAGCAAACUGCGGAGCAGCACGGAGCAGAUGCAUCCAGCUCCAUAUGAAGCUAGACAGCCUUUUAUUCAGCCUGAGGGACCCUCAUUGGGGGGCCAAGGAGCCAAGCCCCCUCGUCACCAGGCUUCCCUUAUCCGGUCUUUUUCAGUGGAGAGAGAACCACAGGAUAACAACAGUAAUUACCCAGAUGAACCCUGGAGGAUAACAGAAGAGCAGCGCGAGUACUAUGUCAACCAGUUUCGAUCCCUUCAGCCCGACCCGAGUUCCUUCAUUUCAGGUUCAGUGGCCAAGAACUUCUUCACUAAAUCAAAGCUUUCCAUUCCAGAACUCUCCUAUAUAUGGGAACUUAGUGAUGCUGACUGUGAUGGUGCCCUGACCUUGCCUGAGUUCUGUGCUGCAUUUCAUCUCAUUGUGGCCCGGAAGAACGGCUAUCCACUGCCGGAAGGCCUCCCUCCAACUCUGCAGCCUGAGUACCUACAAGCAGCUUUUCCUAAGCCCAAGUGGGAGUGUGCUUUAUUUGAUUCUUAUUCUGAGUCAAUGCCAGGAAACCAACAACCCCGUGACUUGAAUCGGAUGGAGAAGCUCUCUAUUAAAGACAUGGAUGACUUUCCUGUUCCAACGCAAGAUGUGACUGGUGAUGACAAACAAGCUUCGACAAGUACUACGGAUGAAGCCUUACCAAAGGAAAUAUCUGAAGAUCCAGCCACUCCUAAGGAUUCCAACAGUCUCAAAGCAAGACCAAGAUCCAGAUCUUACUCUAGCACCUCCAUAGAAGAGGCCAUGAAAAGGGGCGAGGACCCUCCCACCCCGCCACCGCGGCCACAGAAAACCCAUUCCAGAGCCUCCUCCUUGGAUCUGAAUAAAGUCUUCCAGCCCAGUGUGCCAGCCACUAAGUCAGGAGUGUUACCUCCACCACCUGCACUCCCUCCGAGACCUUGUCCAUCACAGUCUGAACAAGCAUCUGAGGCUGAGUUACAUCCGCAGCUGAACAGAGCCCCGUCACAAGCUGCAGAGAGUAGUCCAACAAAGAAGGACAUAACAUAUUCUCAGCCCCCAUCAAAGCCCAUCCGUAGGAAAUUACGACCUGAAAAUCAAGCUACAGAAAACCAAGAGCCUUCUACCACCAUUGGUGGGCCAGCUUCUGUAACAACCAUGAAGCCCCAUCCAACAGUUCAGAAACAGUCUUCCAAGCAGAAGAAGGCUAUUCAAACUGCUAUCCGCAAAAAUAAAGAGGCAAAUGCAGUGCUGGCUCGGUUGAACAGUGAACUCCAACAGCAGCUCAAGGAGGUUCAUCAAGAACGGAUUGCAUUGGAAAACCAAUUGGAACAACUUCGUCCAGUCACCGUUUUGUGACCCCCAAGAUCCAAGUAAUAUUGGUGACCUUUUCUGCCAGGAUCUUCCCUUCGAAUGUUUCAAUCCAACUACUUGUCAUAGAUGUCUGACUGUGUCAAAAGCUGUGAGCAGCGGAAUAGAAUCCAUGUCAUCUUUUCUGUUGUACUUCUAUGUUUUACUGUGGUGGAAAAAAUACAACUGAUUAUCACACAUGAAAUUGUAAUUAUCAGUGGAAUUUCUUUCCCAUUCUUAAGUACUUUCUCAAGGUGUUAGAUGUUGCUCCUUACCAAAAAUUGGUCUUCUAGCAAAUAACAAUUUAGAGCAUUAUUUAUUUAAAGAAUUUAUGAUUUGUACAAAACCUUAUAACCCAGUACCUUCAGGAUGCUUGUUUUAGUUUUAUAUGUAUAUCAUGUACAGUAGGUUGGUUUCCUGAGUAAUUGGAAUUCUAACUGGGUAGUCUUUGGCAUGAUGAUAAUAAAAACUAAAACUAAAAUAAAACAAAAGCAUCAUAUUUAGAUUGGCGCUUGCCCUCCACCACCAUAUGCCAAAAAUUGCUUCU